GACGGGGUGGGGGUGCGCUUGGUUCUCCUUGUUUACUACGCGCCAUUUUAAAAGAGGGCAAGGUUUCAAUAAACUUUAUUGAGAGUGGACACGUGGAUCAUGAAGGGAUUUGGACGUGCCCCUUUGCAUGCGUGAUAUGUGAAGGGGUCUUUACCAAGCCCUAGGGAGAUUUCUAUUGGUUGGAAAGGGACUUUGUUGCUGUGGUAACAGAGAUAAUUGCAGUACCAUGUGAUCACAUGAUCGAUCUAUUAGACCAGGACUGGACUUUACAGCUCAGUGCAUUUAUGGACAUUAGGCUCAUACUGCAGGUGAUCCAAGGUCAUGUGACGAUACUAAAAAGUCACGUGCGACGGACAUCCUUGUCUUUGUGUAGGAUGGGGCGGAGCCCAGCCACAUGACCUCUAUUAAGAGGCGGGGCUAGUGACGUGUCAACUGCCGUGUAGGAGGAAUGCUGGAAGCCGUAAAGUGCCUGAAGUAACUGCCCGCGGGGCUAUAGCGGCCACCUACCUAUAGGCACUAAAGCAGCCAUUUUCUUCCUUAUGGAGAGCUGAUUUCCAUUCUCCUUCCCAGGGACCAUUGCCUGUAAGACUCCGUGCACCAGCUGCAUCUCCACAAGGUGAAGUAAUACCUCCAAGAGUUCUUUCUUCUAACAAUUGUUGUGAAAACAAAAGAUGGAUGGGAUACACACGGCUGGGGUGGCGUUGGCUGGAAAUCUGCAAGAACACCUCCAGGGCUCUGAGGACUUCUGGCUGUGGGUGACUUACCUCGGGGAUCCCGGCUGCAUAUUUCUUCUGUACUUUCCCCUGGCCUAUGCUCUCCAGUACCAGCUGGGAGUAACUGUCCUGUGGAUGGGCGUCAUCUGCGAGUGGCUGAACAUUGUCUUUAAAUGGUUCCUGUUUGGUGAGCGACCGUUCUGGUGGAUCCAUGAAACUGGUCUACAUGAUAUGUAUAAUCUCAAGCAGUCCCCUUCCACUUGUGAGACGGGCCCCGGAAGCCCUUCAGGACACUGCAUGAUCACUGGAGCUGCCCUGUGGCCCAUAAUAAUGUUCUGUACUGAGCGGUUACAGAGGGGCAUGAUCCGGACUCUUCCACUGAUAUUGUACAGUGUAUUGAUGGUGGGGAUUGCGGUCUCCAGACUCAUUAUCCUCGCACACUUCCCUCACCAGGUUGUUGCUGGGAUUCUUACAGGGGUCCUCUUAGGAUUCGUCCUGCAGCGUUACUCUCCCCAUGACCGCAGUUUUGGCUUUUUCGUACUGUCUUCAUUGGGUCUUCUUUUUGGGGCUCUUAUUAUAUACUGGGGAAUAAGUGCAUUCGGAGUGGAUCUGUCAUGGUCGAUCCAUCUGGCCAAUAAAUGGUGUACAAAGAAAGAGUGGAUACACCCUGAAUCCAGACCGUUCUCAUCGGUGACCAGGAGCGCAGGAAAUGCUCUAGGACUGGGAUUUGCCCUGCACUGCCCACUCUUCCGUAGACUGUACACAGACACUCCAAGCUGGCGCCAAAGAGGCCUUAGUCUGCUGCUAUCUUUUCUCUUCCUGAAGAUUCAGCAAGCGCUGCCACUCCCAAUAUCCCCUGCCCUGCUCUACUACCUGCUGAACUUUUUGCGCUAUUGCCUCUGUCCCCUCACUGUCAUUAUUCUGUCCCCCUAUAUUGUGAGGGGAUUGGACUCAGUAACUGUGCAGAAAAGAGACUGAGGUAACCCCGGCUGUCUGUGCUCGGGAAAUGAUCUGUAUGUUACAUUGUGCUAGAAACCUGUACUUGAAUUUGUUCCUUUCUUUUUUUUUUUAAAGGGGUAGUCCACUGACCAAACUAUGUGUGCUCGAUGCAGGGGUCGGCCACGCCCCCUUGUGAUGUCACGCCAGGCCCCCUCAUUGCAAGUCUAUGGGAGGGGCGUGGCAGCCAUCAUGCCCCUCCCGUAGACUAGCAUUGAGGGGGCAGGGCUUGAUGUCACGAGGGGCGGGGCUGUGAUGUCAUGAUCCUCUGGCCCCUGCAUCGCCAGUCAUCAGGCACAGAGCGGCCCCUGCCCUGCCCUGUCUGUGGGAAGGAGGUUCUCACCCAUGAUUCGACAGUACAUGGCCCCAUCCAUCAACCCUUUCAUGCAGUGAAUUUGUCCCAUUUCCUUAGCAAAAAACACCCCAAAAGCAUAACAUUUCCACCUCCAUGUGUGACAGUGGGGAUGGUGUUUUUUGGGGGUCGUAGGCAGCAUUUCUCCUCCUCCAAACAUGGGUGAGUUGAAUUGAUGCCAAAUAGCUAAAAUUUGGUCUCACCUGACCACAACACUUGCACCCAGUUCUUCUCUAAAUCAUUCAGAUGUUCAUUGGCAAACUUUAGAUUGAUAGUUAUUUUGUGUUUCUUAAAUUUUCAAGCAAUCGCACCAAUUGUUGUUAACUUCUCAACAACUGCUUGGCGAUGGUCUUGUAGCCUAUUCCAGCCAUGUGUAGGUCUACAAUCUUGUCCCUGACAUCCUUGGACAGCAAGGUGGUCUUGGUGGAGAGUUUGGAAUCUGAUUGCUUCUGUGGACAGGUGUCUUUUAUAAAGGUAACAAGCUGAGCUUAGGAGCACUCCCGCCUAAUCUCAGCUUGUUACCUGUAUAAAAGAAAUGUGGGAGACAAAAAUCUUGCUGAUAGGGGAUCAAAUUGAUAUCAAUUUAUAACUAAAAAAUUAUUAUUCUUGAUUUUUUAAAAUUUUAUUUCUAAAUGUCUGUACUGGGCCCCAACUCUGCCCCUGCUGAGCUGCUGUGUGUGACGUAUCUUGCACAACAAGUCAGCUUGUAUAAUCACGCCCCCUCCAUUCAUCUCUAUGAGAGAGAGAGACAAAGGAACGCGGUGUCUCCGCCUCCCCCAUAGAGAUGAAUGGAGGGUGUGUGUUUGUACCAGCUGACCUGCUGGGUAUGAAACAUGCUCUAGCAGCACAGAGCCAGGGCCAUGUACAGGAGAUCGGGGGGGGGGGACCCCCAGCGAUCAGACAUUUAUCCCCUAUCCGCAGGAUAGGAGAUAAAUUGCUUUGUGCUGGACUUCUUCUUUAAAUAAAUGACGAUUAAAAUUAUAGACUGAUAAUUUCUUUUAGAGAUGAGUGAAUUUACAGUAAAUUCGAUUCGUCAUGAACUUCUCGGCUCGG